AUGGCAUAUGCUCCGGAGCAUGAACCCCACAAACGGAAACGAGACCUCGAGGAUACCGGUAGCCACCCCGCUCACCAUCGUCAGCCGAGCAUUUACGAACCCGGCCGCAUGCAGGCAUCGCCUUCUCUGGCUUCAAUGGCUCCUGAGUCCAUCGUCAACUUUGUGACAAGGCCCGAUGCCCCGCUGCUGUCCUUCUUGCCAGGCGAUGUCGACACCUUUAACGAUAUCAUCUACCUCAUUGGCGACUAUGAAAGCGUUUUGGACCGGAAGGAAAGCAUGGCAGCGAAUCUCGGGGCCAAACUGACGGGUCCCCGGUUCCUCCGCGGUCUCGAAAGGUUCUUUGAAGGCCCAAUCAAAAUCCUCUCGGCGAAUCCUUAUCAUCAGAUCACCUGGCUGGAGAUUGUCACAUUUGCCAAAACGAAUCCAGAAGCCUUCACGGUCAUCCCGCAGCCCAAUGGUUCACGAUGUUGUCGCUUCGUCUAUAACGGAAUAACGGCUGAGAUUAUAGAGGAUGAUUGGCGCCUGAUAUCUUCUGGAGCGCUGGAUAGAUUCCCGUUGGAACACACCUUUGAAGAGGACGAGGCGGCUGAGCUGGCGACGCUCGAAAUCCUCGAGCAAAGAGCCUCAUAUCUGCACAGAAAGGCGGACGAGCUUGCGGCCAGAGCUCGCAUCCUCCACCAAAGGCUUGAGCUCCGUACCCGUGAUGUCGCCCGACGGCAGCAGUUUCUUGAAGUUGGUGCCAGUUCCAGCUCGGCCUCCGGCUCCAGCUCAGGCUCCAGCUCCAGCGCCGGCCCCAGCUCCAGCUUUCACGCCAUCAACCACCCACCGCGCCCCGUCAUUACGAAUCCUAGCGGCGGGCAGUACGAUAUCCAUUCAGACCUUCUCCACCAGUUCACCAUAGCCGCGAUGCAGAACAGCCCACCUCAGGGUCCGCCUCCGGGUUACCAGGCACAGCCCGGAUCGCCCAAUGGCGCACCUGUUGCCGGCCAAGGCCCGCCGGCCCCGCCGGCCUUGGAAGCACCGCCGUAUCACCCGCCCCCGGCAAAUGUCUAUCCUGCGGUCGAGACGGCAGCCCCCGCUCCGGCCCCAGUACUGGCUCCGGCCCCUGUUGCGGCGCCAGCUCUGACUGCGGCCUCCAACUCGAGAUCGAUUGCGAACCUAGCACUCAGCCAAGUGGUACUUCCUGGUGACCCCGCUACGGAGGUGCACCGGCCUCUUGUACUGCAAAAGACAGACACGCUCAACAAGGGGGAUAUUAUUUUUCCCCCUUGCGACCGAUGCCGUCGCCUUCGUCUGCAAUGUGUCAAGCACUUGACGGCCUGUCGGGGCUGCACUAAGAAACACGCGAGGUGCAACUGGAGGAAUGUCACUGACGACGAAGCCGCAGCUGUAAAGGAGGAGCUACAGGCGAUACAUAACGAAGCCCAGAAGGCAGCGACUGCGGCCGCAUCAGCAAAGAAGGCUGGAAAGGCACCAGCGUCAGCGCCGCAGCCCGAGGCAGGGAGCAGCUCUCGGCCAGCCAGCGGCUCUGGGGCGGGCAGCAGUAUAGAUCAGGUCCACAUGCCCGUACCGGGUCCAUCAGCAGCGCCGGCACCGAUGCUGGCACCGGCUCCCGCUGCCGAGCUGCCGCGGAGGCUACUGCCCACCACUCGGCUCACCAGGAUCGAGCCGGCUCCCCCUACCGUGCCUAGGAACCCUCCACGGACGGGGCAGCUCGCUGCCAUUUUGUCUCCCCCCGACUAUGAGCCUCGGCCGUUUGGAUCGCUACCACCGCUAGCCCCACGAUGA